UUGCACAGACAGGAUGUGAGAUAUCAUAACAUCCAGGUCGGAGGUGAGGAUUGCUGGUGCGGAGGACUGGGCACAAAGGCGACAUUGAUGAGACUGGCUGCAGGUCGUGGGGUGAAGAUGAAAUAUUCUGUGGGUCAUCAGACUGAUUCACUGAGCAUGAUCGAAGAAAGGAGAAAUAACACUGGGUUGAUAUUAAAUCUAACUCUGGAGAUUAUUUACCUGUUGACUGGAGAGAAGUAUGAGCCAGUGAAGAAGUCCAGUAAAAAUGUGUCAGAUGGAAGGAGCAAGACUCAUAAAAGAAACAAUGAAGGGAAGAUCCUAAAUCUCACCAACAAGAUCAUUGGAUUGCUCACUGGAGAGGUCCCUAUAAGGUGUCAGGAUGUCACUGUCUAUUUCUCAUUGGAGGAGUGGGAGUAUUUAGAGGGACACAAGGAUCUCUACAAGGAUGUAAUAAUGGAGAAUCACCAAAUACUCAAAUCAUCAGAUGGAUCAAGUUCCAGUAAUCCACCUGAGAAAUUUCCAAGUCCUAAUUUUCACAUUCCCAUGGGAAAUUCUGUUGUCCACCAUGAUAAUCAGGAUGAAGAAUCCAUCCGGAUUAAAGUUGAGGAAAUUCAUGAAGAGGAAGCAACAUAUGUAAUGCAUGAUCAGAAGUAUGAGGAGGAGGAACAUCCUACUUAUAUUAAGACAGCAGAAACACACGGGAACGGUAAUAGUUUGGCUGGAAGUCUCAUUCUAUAUCCAGAUUGUAAAGGUGGAGACAGAAACAUCAAAGGACAUCUUCCAGGAGAAAACUCUGUUAUGCUGAAUAUACACCCCGCCCUUCAUGGCUUAGAUCAAUCCUAUAACCCAACCAUAAUUGGAGGUUAUCCCUCUGAUUUAUCACAUAUUAUUGAGCACAGUUCACCUCAUCUCGGUGAUAAUAUAUAUACAGAUUCAGAUUCUCAAAAGUAUUUUACUUUGAUAAAUGACCCUGUAGUGAAACAGUUUUCAUCUUCUGAGUAUGGAAAUCAGUUUAAGUUCAAAAUGUAUCUUUCCAAACAUCCGAGGAUUCACAGAGUGGACAAACCAUUUCCGUGCUAUGAAUGCGGUCGAUGUUUUGCACAGAAAUCUAAUCUGAUGAAUCAUCUAAAGAUUCAUACAGGGGAGAAGCCAUUUGAAUGUCCUCAAUGUGGGAAAAGGUUUACCAAGAAGUCAAAUCUCCUCGAACAUCUUCGCGUUCACACAGGGGAGAAACCAUUUCCAUGUUCUGAAUGUGGGAAAUGUUUCAAGAAUAAAUCUCAUCUGGUGGAGCAUCGGAGAACUCACACAGGGGAGAAGCCAUUUCCAUGUUCUGAGUGUGGAAAAGGUUUCACAAACAAGUCCAGGCUUCUUGAACAUCUCAGAAUCCACACGGGUGAGAAGCCGUUUUCUUGUUCACAGUGUGGCAAGUCAUUCACAAAGAAAUCAAACCUGGUUAUACAUCAGAGAAGUCAACGUCACUUAUGACGACAGAAGCGUCUUUUGCUGCAUAUGUUAACAUAUUUCUUUAUGUUUUUGGCCAAUAAAAUUAGCAAAACUCGAUGAAGGAAAAAUAGGAAAUAUUAUACAAUGAUUAUUAUUAUCAUUAUUAUUGCUUCUUCCCAAGCAAUAUACCCUUUGUGUGUAAAAGGGGGUGCACAUUGAAAAAUCACAUCUGCAUAUGUGCUUGUUGAACAUCUAUUUUGGAAAUCAUGGGCAUUAAAGGUUUUUUUUUGGUUUUCAUCAACA